AUGCCGCCGCAACUCUCGGAUAAAGAGCUGGAAGAACGGCUUGCCUCCGCCGGGAAAAGCCUUCUUCAGCCUCCCUCCUCGGUCGAUGAACUCCUGCCCCUUCUCGAUCAAAUCGAGGAACUUCUUUCGAAAGUGGAGCAGUCACCUGUGCAGUCCAUGCAAGCUGUUCUUUCCCCACUAAUGAAGGCACUGGUCAUGGAAGAACUUUUGAAGCAUUCUGAUGACGACGUUAAAGUAGGCGUAGCUUCUUGCAUCAGCGAGAUUACCAGAAUUACUGCACCCGAUGCUCCGUAUGAUGAUGAUAAAAUGAAGGAUGUUUUUCAAUUGAUUGUGUCAUCAUUUGAGGAUUUGUCCGAUAUAUCCAGCAGAUCAUAUGGAAAAAGGGCCACCAUACUUGAUAUUGUGGCCAAAGUCAGGUCUUGUGUGAUCAUGCUGGAUUUAGAAUGUGAUCAGAUGAUCAUUGAGAUGUUCCAGCACUUUCUGAAAGCCAUUAGAGAUUAUCAUAAGGAAGCCAUCUUUACAUCCAUGGAGACUAUAAUGACUCUAGUUUUGGAAGAAAGUGAAGACAUCUCCGCAGAUUUACUCAAUCCAAUUUUGUCUACCUUGAAAAAGAACGAGGUUAAUGUUCUGCCAAUCGCGAAGAAACUGGCUGAGAGAGUUAUUGAAAGUUCAUCCGACAAACUUAGACCUUAUUUAGCACAGGUGGUGAAAUCUUUAGAUUCAUCGGCGGAUGAUUAUGGAGAAGUUGUAGCUUCCUUGUGCAGAGACAAUAUUGUUAAAAUUGGAAAUAGUAACAAGAGCAUCUCAAAAGACCCACAGGUGGUUAAGGGAGGUGGAGAAUGUACUGAUUCUCAAGAGCAAGAUCCCACUAUGGUUGGAUCGAAAAAGUCAGUUGUUAGUAAUGGUAUCAAUGAGAUGACUUGUACUGAAGAAACUAUGGCAGAUGCAAAUUCUUCAAAGGAGGCUGAUUCUGACCAUAAGGUUGAUGCCAAAUUGGAGUCCAAAACCGAGUCUGAUGACGGCCGUGCUCAAAAUUCAGACAAGUUGGAAGCCAAUGCAGUGCACGCAGAAGCGCAAGAGGCAGCAUCCAAUGAUGAAAUUCCUAGUGAAGAUCCUGCUUCCGACGCUGAGCCUGUUCCCGACUCUGAACCUGUUGAAGCAGCCGACUCUUUGGACAAAGUAGAGGAGGAUGCCACAAAUCAGCUUUCAACCGAAAAUGAGGCUGUAGUUGUUGCAUCUCCAGCCCAUAGCGUAAGCCUUUCUGAUGAGAGCAAAUCCAAAAAACAUAGUCCGGCUAAAGGGGAGGAGAAUUUGGUAAAAGAAGGGAAAGCAUCGGGUGAUAUUACUUCUAAGAAGGCAUCUGCAGGAAAAAGUGUUUCUAAAUCAAGGAAGAAAAAGCGGGGCAGCAAAAAGCAAUCUGGAAAGAAAACUAUGAAGGACAAAGAAUUGACUGGAGGGGGUGCAUCCAAGAACAAAGGCAGUACAAGUGAUUCAGAGGCACGAUCACCGGACCAGGCUCAAAAGCUGGGGGAUGCUAAUAAUAAGACGGAGGAUUUGUCCUCCAUGACUAAGGGAGAUGGCAAAAAGAAUGCUAAUAAUAAGACGGAUGAUUUGUCCUCCAUGACUAAGGGAGACAAAGUGACUUCACCUAGGUCACCCUUAAAGUCAUCAAAAGAUGAAGACACUGAGGUAGAAACUCCAAGAACUGUUUCCAAGAGAAAGCGAACUCCCGGCACAGAGAAAAAUCUUUGUAGGGUAUUGCUAAUGGCUUUGUUUCCUUUAACCAGGCAAAAGAAGAAGAAAGGCAAUACAGAUUCAGAAGCAUCAAAAAGCAAACGUCAAAAGGUGGACAGUACACCAAAAAGGUUUGUUUCUUUAUGUAAACUGAAAGACACUCCAACAAAAUCCGGGGGCAAAUCGAAGGAUCAAGUCAAGCCUGAAUCUGACGCCAAAGAUAGCAAGUCAAAGCCCGGCAAAAAGGCCGCAGAUGAAUCCAUUAAGGUAAAGUCUCAAGGUAAAGUAUCCGGUGGUAAAACCAAAGACGAAUCUGGUAAAGCAUCUGGUGGUAAAACCAAAGACGAAUCUGGUAAAUCUUCCAGUGGUAAGACCAAAGAAGAGUCUGCAAAGACCCCAAGCCACCCUAAACAAGACAGUCAAAAAACUGUUAAGUCAAAAGGUAAAACCCCUCAAAGUGGAAAAGCCUUUAGUGAUGGUGGUGGUGCCAAAAUGACAAAAACUAGUUCAUCAAAGGCGAAAGAAACUGAUGUGAAGAAGGAAAAACUUGCUGACUUGGUGAAAUCAUCAGAAUCGGCCAAAGGGAAAUCUGUGGAUUCUGCGAAAUCACGGGAAAGUGGGGCCAAGAGUGGAAAGAAGCGAAAAAGGACAAGGUGGUCAGAGUUUCAUGUCACUUAUUAG